UAAACUUAGACCAGAAAACGGAGAUGGUGGUGGAAGAAAACGAGAAGAAAAACAAAACACCAAAACUAGCUAGCUGUUAAACUCUUGUUCAAAAGUUUUGUUGUUGUUGAAGAGUUUAAGUUGCUUUUUAUUUUCUUUCCAAAUCCAUUCAAUUUCAUCACUUUAUACACAACAAUUACACAAUAUUCUUUUCAUUCAUAUACAUAGCCAUACCCAUUUAUUAUAUCUUUCUUUUCAUCUUUCGAAGAUCUUUCAAUUUUUUUAGUAUAGCUGUUGCCAUUGGAGCUAGAUCUAGAAUCAUCACAAUCAGAUUAUAUUGAUCCGAUCAAUGGCCACUGCUGCCAAUCCUAUUGUUGGUUCCCAGGUUUGGGUGGAGGACUCCGAUGUAGCUUGGAUAGAUGGCGAGGUCUUGGAGGUUAAUGGGGAUGAAAUAAAAGUCCUUUGCACUUCAGGGAAGACGAUUGCUGUUAAAGCUUCCAGUGUUUAUCAUAAAGAUACAGAAGCCCCACCAUGUGGAGUUGAUGAUAUGACAAAGCUUGCUUACCUGCAUGAACCUGGUGUCCUAGAUAAUCUAAGAUCAAGAUAUGACAUCAAUGAAAUUUAUACUUACACUGGGAAUAUAUUAAUCGCUGUGAACCCUUUCAUAAAGCUUCCUCAUUUAUAUGAUAGCCAUAUGAUGGCACAAUAUAAAGGAGCAGGCUUUGGUGAGCUAAGCCCACAUCCUUUUGCUAUUGCUGACUCAGCAUAUAGGCUUAUGAUCAAUGAGGGAAUCAGCCAGUCAAUAUUGGUUAGUGGUGAAAGUGGGGCUGGUAAAACAGAAAGCACAAAGUUACUUAUGCGCUACCUUGCUUACAUGGGAGGGAGAGCUAAUGUUGCCGAAGGUAGAACUGUUGAGCAGAAAGUCCUGGAGUCCAAUCCUGUUCUAGAAGCUUUUGGAAAUGCAAAGACCGUUAGAAACAAUAAUUCAAGUCGUUUUGGUAAGUUUGUGGAGAUUCAAUUUGACCAGAAGGGAAGAAUUUCUGGAGCUGCUAUCAGGACUUACCUGCUGGAAAGAUCACGUGUUUGCCAGUUGUCGGAUCCAGAGAGGAAUUAUCACUGUUUCUAUAUGCUUUGUGCUGCACCUCCAGAGGUUGUUCAGAAGUACAAAUUAGGAAACCCAAGAACCUUUCAUUAUCUAAAUCAAACAAAUUGCUAUGAGUUGGAAGGGUAUGAUGAAUUUAAAGAAUAUUGUGAUACAAGGAGAGCAAUGGAUGUUGUUGGAAUAAGUUCUGAGGAGCAGGAAGCAAUAUUUCGAGUGGUUGCUGCAAUUUUACAUCUUGGCAACAUUGAAUUUUCAAAAGGAAAGGAAAUGGACUCGUCUAUGCCCAAAGAUGAAAAAUCUAAGUUUCACCUACAGACUGCGGCUGAACUUUUCAUGUGUGAUGCAAAGGCACUAGAAGAUUCUCUUUGCAAGCGUGUAAUUGUUACUCGUGAUGAAACUAUUAUAAAAUGCCUGGAUCCCGAAGCUGCUACACUGAGCCGAGAUGCUUUAGCUAAGGUUGUGUAUUCGAGGUUGUUUGACUGGCUGGUUGAUAAAAUUAAUAAUUCAAUUGGUCAGGAUCCUGACUCAAAGUCCUUAAUCGGCGUGCUGGAUAUUUAUGGUUUUGAGAGUUUCAAGUCUAACAGUUUUGAGCAAUUCUGUAUUAAUUUGACCAAUGAAAAGCUCCAGCAACAUUUUAAUCAGGAUUAGGAUUUGUUACUACGGCCUUUAUUGCAGUUUCAGCAAACAGUUGCGAAAUCACUGUUCACAUGGUACUGUUCAUCCACGA